UCGUUUCAGAACCUAAAUUUAAAUAUUUGCUUAUAAUCAAAAAUUCAAAAGGAAGAUUUGAGAUUUUUUUUUUAAUAAUAGUACUCUUGAAUCUUAAAAAUGCUUUCUUCUCUCUCUGUUUGUCAAUAAAUGCAGCAGCCCACAAUGGGAAAGCACAACUAUGGGCGUCUUGCUGCCAUAAUCGUAGCUGUUGCUGCCUUCGCAAUAAGCCUGGUGUUCAAUGGGCUGUCUGUGGUUGGAGUCGGUCCCUACACAACAACUACAGCCAAUGUGUCGGCUGUGUUUGACACGGAGCUCACUCCUUCGGGAUGGACCUUCAACAUCUGGAGCGUCAUCUACAUCUGGCUGGCGGCGAUGAUCGCCUACAUUGUUUCCGGUGUUUGUCGAACGAACAAAGGCUACGGAUACGUCUACUGCAGCCCUGCAGUGUUGCCGUAUGGAUUCUUCAUCAGCUGGUGUCUCAACCAGGGAUUUAAUAUUUCUUGGCUUCUUGUUUGGGACAGAGGGCUGAUGAUUCCUGCACUCAUUUUCCUCAUCCUGAUCAUCUGCACAAACUAUUCCAUGGUUGGUUUCAUCUGUCACGGGCUUCACAUUUACGGACCCUGGCUGAAUGAGAACAGCAAAAAAGAUCUUUGGCUCAUUCGUGUGUUGGUUCUGAAUGGUGUGAUGAUAUACACCUCAUGGACAACCAUUGCAACGCUCCUCAACCUGACAAUCGUGCUGAGAUAUGAAGCCAACAUGUCCUCGGCAGACUCAGCCACCCUCUCAUAUUCUCUUUUGACUGUGGUGCUGCUCGCAUGGUUUGUUGUGGAAAACUUCGUCCUGGACACGCAUCUGCGGUACAUUUUCAUUCCCUACGUUGUGGUAAUCUGGGCUCUGUCUGGAAACCUGGACAAGAAUUAUGACGCCUCCUCACCCAGCCGUAAUGGCAUCUUCAUUGCCAUCCUGCUGUCUGUAGCCUGUGCGCUGUUCGCCAUCCGGAUUGUUUUAGUGGUUUGGAGACACUUGAAGCAGCCGCUCUAUGAAAACAGCAAUAACGAAGCCUUGGAAUUAUCAGAAAUUGCUGGGAAGCAGAGAAAGAUAUUUCGCUGACAUUUCUUGUGGAGUGUAACAAGCAGAUAAAGCUGUUUUUUUUUCUAUUUAAACUAUAUAUUUUUGUGUACAUCCUGGCACAUUAACAUGCACUUCUGUAUAAUUUUACUGCUAUUCAGUCUUGACUGUCUGAUGUAUGAAACUAUUAUUGUUGUAAAAAUCUAAAAUCUAGACAAGACUUGGAAACACAUGUGACUACACUGUACUGUAUCAGUCUAGACAGGACAUAGGUUGUAAUUCAUUAUCUUUUAAACAUUUGUAUAUUUAAAACAUUUUCUCUGAUGCCUUUUAUUUUGUAUUAAAUUAAAAACCUACAUUUCAAAACCAGUUUUUGUCAUCUUUAGACAUUUAGGAUGUAUAAAAAUUUAACUACGAUAAUUUGCUCAGAGUGAAGAAAAAAACCCAGAUUACAUUAUAUG